GAGCAGGGCCACCCCGAUCCACUACCCAAUCUCUACUCGUUGCAUUCAUGGAUCGGCUUGAGCGUUGUCGUCUUCUACUUUAUACAGUAUUUGUCCGGUUUUACGACAUUCUUCUUCCCUGGUUGGAGUAUACCGAUGCGCCAGUUAGUUCUACCGUUCCAUCAAGCAUUUGGCUUAAUCAUCCUCUGCUUCGUCGCCGUCACCGCUAGCGUGGGAAUUUCGGAACAAGCAGCGUGGCAUCACAAAUGCUGGACUGUUGACCAUGUUCUGUGUGGUGAGCAUGCAGUUAGCACAUUGGUCGGUGUUUCGAUCCUCAUCUUCGUCACAUGCGUUGUGGCCAUUGUCCUCAAUCCUCGAUGGCGCCGUCUUCCUUUGCCUGAAGAAGAAUCACUGCAUCAUCUUACUAAUACGGAUUAG